AUUCCCUUGACGUGAUGUCAUUCACACAAGUCAACAAGUGUAGUAUUUGAAGUCAUAACAAGAAUUCAUCUUAUCAAGAUAUCCUAAUUAAGUUAAGAAGUGUAAUGAUGUGUUAUCCAGUUUUGAGACUUCUUUUCGUUCUCACGCUCAUCAUUUCUAUAUUUGUUUUCUUUCAAGUAAAUGGUAUUCAAGAACAAGUCGGAACUCUUCUUCAGGACCAAGUGAGUGGUGUCAGUGAAAACGCCAAUGAACUAAAAAAUGAGGACUUGAGUUUUAGCACGAAAACGGGUCACACACCUUCAGCAGGCAAACCUCGUCGGAUUAACAGUAGUGUCAUUCGUAAUUACUCCUCUAAUGAGUGGGUGUUUGGUUACAAACUUAAAGUACAUGACAUCCAAACACAAGUUGGACAAAUUCCUCCGAAUGAAGUGAGCGCUCUUAAAGAAAUAGCUAAGCAAUUGGGGAAAGUGGAUUGGGAAUUUAACCUGAACCCAUGUGAUGACCGAUCUCCUCAGUUUAAAAACAGUGUUGUUUGUGAUUGCUCUGCUGAUGGUGUUUGUCACGUCAUUAAAAUAUCUCUCAAGGGACAGGAUCUCAAAGGUGUUCUUCCAAUUUCUCUGGCAAACUUACCUUCACUUAAGCAUAUUGAUCUAUCUUACAAUUAUCUAAAUGGUACCCUACCCACAGAAUGGGCAUCGACUAGGCUGGAAUUUUUAUCUGUUACUGGAAAUCGGUUGUCAGGAAGCAUUCCUUCAUCUUUUGGCAAAAUAACCACUCUUCGCUAUCUUCAAUUGGAAAACAACAUGUUCUCUGGAAAAGUUCCUGCUGAGCUUGGAAAUCUUACAAAUGUAACUAAUCUGGUCUUGAGUGCUAAUAAUCUCAGUGGUGAAUUGCCGAUGGAGCUUAACAGUCUAACCAAUUUGAUCGAACUCCGGCUAAGUAGCAACAACUUUAGCGGGAAAAUUCCAAACCUCGGAGACUGCACAAAAAUCAGGAUACUAGAGAUCCAAGGUAGUGGGGUGGAAGGACCAAUACCAGCAAGUCUAUCCCUCUUGAGAGACUUGUAUGAACUAAGAAUCUCUGAUUUAAGUGGAGAAGGUUCACAAUUUCCAGAUUUAAGUAGCAUGAAAAACAUUACAAAGUUGAUGUUGAGAAGCUGUAAUAUAAGUGGGUCGAUUCCUGGUUAUAUAUCACAAAUGUCCAACUUGGAGCUCCUGGAUCUCAGUUUCAACAAUUUGGGUGGAGAGAUACCAGAUCUAAGUGGAGUAAAUAAUCUAAGGCUAAUGUUUUUGUCUGGUAACUCCCUCAAUGGCAGUGUUCCUGGUUGGAUCAAAGAUAAUGGAGAUAAAAAACGUUAUGUAGAUCUUUCCUACAACAAAUUAAAUGAAGAAAGUAUUCCUACACUUUGUGAUCAUGAAUCGUUAAACUUAUUCCGAAGCUACAAUGGGAUCAACUCAGACCUUGCAAAGUGCCUUAAAAGCUGCUCCAAGGAAUAUUAUUCAGUUAAUAUCAAUUGCGGAGGGAAGAGAGCUUUGAUCGGGAAAAAGUAUUAUGAAGAAGAUUUAGAUUUAGCUGGACCUGCACAUUUUGAACCUUUAAUUCGUGAGCAUUGGGGAUUCAGCAACACAGGAAGUAUUAAAUGGGACAGCGAUGAUACAGAGAAAUUUACUGUAACCACUACAUCAUCAAUGAACGACUCUCAACUUUACGCCACAGCUCGCCACUCUCCACUAUCACUCACUUACUAUGGUCGUUGCUUAGCAAACGGAAACUAUACGUUGACUCUGCAUUUUGCAGAGAUAGUUUUUACAGAUAACCAAUCUUACAAGGGUCUCGGAAGACGUAUUUUCGACGUUUAUGUCCAGGGUGAGCUUAAAGUGAAGAAUUUUGAUAUCAAGUAUGAUGCAGGUGGAUCCAAUAAGAAAGUAACAAAAACACUAAAUGUGACGGUAACUAAUAAAACAUUAGAGAUUCGGCUCCAGUAUGCUGGGAAAGGUACAACCGCGGUCCCAGUGAGAGGAUUGUAUGGCCCUUUAAUAUCUGCCAUUUCUAUGGAUGAUUUCAAUCCCCCGUCUCAUGGUCAUCACAAAACAAUUACAUUCAUAGCUAUCGGAGGAGUGGCUGUAGCAUUGUGUCUCACUCUAACAAUAAUCGGUAUUGCAUGGAAAUGGGGUUAUAUAUGGAAUCAGACAUCAAAGGAAAGAGAUCUAAAAGGAAUGGAUUUACAUAUUGGUAUAUUUACAUAUAGUCAAAUCAAAGCGGCAACCAAUAACUUUGCUGAUUCUAAUAAACUUGGAGAGGGUGGUUUUGGAUCCGUUUAUCGGGGUGCACUACUAGAUGGAACUCUAAUUGCUGUAAAGCAACUCUCAUCUAAGUCAGCUCAAGGAAAUCGUGAAUUCGUAAAUGAAAUAGGGAUGAUAGCCGGUAUUCAACACCCUAAUAUUGUAAGGCUACAUGGGUGUUGCGUGGAAGGCAACCACCGACUACUUGUUUACGAGUACAUGGAGAAUAAUUCUUUAGCGCAAGCUCUAUUUGAGCAUGAUAAGUCUAAUAAGAUGGAAAUCAAUUGGGCUUCAAGAUAUAGAAUUUGUGUUGGUAUUGCAAAAGGCUUGACAUUCCUACACGAAGAGACGGCACUAAGAAUGGUUCACAGGGAUAUCAAGGCCACAAACAUACUUCUCGAUACCUAUCUUAAUCCAAAGAUCUCAGAUUUUGGUUUGGCUAAGCUCAAUGAUGAAGAAAACAGUCACAUUAGUACUAGAAUUGCUGGAACAAUGGGGUAUAUAGCACCGGAAUAUGCAUUAUGGGGAUACUUAACCUACAAAGCAGAUGUGUACAGUUUUGGGGUUCUUUUACUAGAAAUCGUUGCUGGAAAACAUAAUAUGAAAUACCGCCCAAAUGAAGAAUUUUUUUGUCUUCUUGAUUGGGCUAUUGUUCUGCAAGAAAGGGGGAGUUUUAUAGACUUUGUGGAUCCAAGAUUGGGCUCUCAUUUCAACAAAAGAGAAGUGGACAGGAUAAUGAAAGUCGCUUUACAAUGCACUAAUCAGUCACCGACUUUAAGGCCUAAUAUGUCUGAAGUACUAAAUAUGAUCGAGGGUCGUACCAAAAUCAAAGGAACGGAAAUGAACGUAGUUGCAUCUGAAGAUGAACUCAAGUUUCAAGCACUCAAAGGCAAAGUUGAAGAGAUACAACUUUCAGUAGAAGAUUCUUUUAAUCAUCAAUCAUCAACUAGCUCGCACGACCUCUACACCAACAGUAAAAUUUCUGAAGAAUCGUCCAUGAGACCCGAAUAAGUAGUAUAUAUUGUUUGUAUAUCCUUUGAUAUUGGCAUUUCUAAGUAAAAGUGAACUUAAUGUCGAAGGGUAAGUAAAUGAAUUUUGUUGAGUCAAUGUGUAUCUUAUGAACUUGGAUGCAGAUAUCAAGUGGACCAAUAUUCCCCUCUUAAAAUAUUAGUGUCUUUUAUUUUGAA